UACAGAACUUGAACCUUAGGCCUUCUGCUUCAAGGUUACGUGUGCGCCUGAAGCUAAGGCGAAGCGGAAGUCUCACAAAUUGCGACGGCCCCAGUAAUUUCAGCCUAUAAGAUACUUGCAUCUUAUGGCUUGACGUCCUUCACUGCAACAAGUCCCAUUAUGUUCACUUCCCGCUUCGCCGUCCUUGCGCUGUUCGCCUUCCUCGCUGGUGCCAACGCCAACGGGACAUGUGCAAUGUGCCAAGAUACCGUGGACAUUGAAGGUGUGGCGGUCUACACGCUAGCCAACAGCACCGUUGAGACCAGCGGGUACACGCUUUGCUCUUACACUAAUACUAAGCUGGGCAUUAAGGUGACCUGCGAGUAUUCGAGCGACGGCGCAUACCAGGAUGGGGAUGAAUUGUGUCCGAGUAAGGUGGGUACGUAUUCAUGCUGAGCAGGAUGUAGAGUGGAAGCAGGCCGACGGGAGUAGCAAUCUUGCGGGGCAUAUCAUUCGUAAUAAUAAAUCUCAUAGCUGUAUGCGAUUCUAAUAUUGAGAUUCAUGAAAUUUCGGUACUG